AUGUCAGAAUUUGAGUUCCUAAAGAUAAAGAGAUUUACAUACGAAAAGAAAUCUCACCAGUUGUCUGACAAUCUAAAGGAUGGACGCAGGCUCGCUUUUCCCCGACGCCCCGCCAACCCCGCAGGGGUGAAAAACUGCGUGACACGCAGCGAGCGUGGCGGCCAUCUUCGUCUUCAAGGCACGUCAGCUGAGCCCGUUGGGGCCGAAAAAGAGCGUUGCGCAAGCGCGCCCAAGACGGUCACAGGUAACUCCCAUCUGACGGGCGAGGCGUCGCUGUCGUCGCCGGAAGUUUGGCGUUUCUGCGCCGCGGGGGAGGCGGCGGUCGCGGCAGAAGCUGCGGAGUGUCCUCUGAUACCCGGAUGUGAGGCGGUCUGCCGGCUCUCGUUGGACCCUUGGCCAAGAGUGAGGAAGGUACCGGAGCGUCCCGACCGUCCCCGCCAGCCGCUGUCGCACCUCCUGCGUCCUCACGUCCCUUUUGCCAGCCCUUCUGGAGAGCCAGAAGAUUCUCCCCCUUCCUGUCCCACCCUUGUGUUGCUUCGCUCGCCUUUCCUUAAUCCUCUACUUCAGGCUCCUGGCGCCCCUGGGAGGGAGUGGGCGGCUCCGAGACGCCGUCGCUUGAGAUUAAUUCUGAAACACAGGAAGUUAUUAGAAGCAUCAUUCAUUAGAAGCAUCAUCGGUCACCUUAAAGACAAGGUGACAUGUGAUUUUCAUUUCAGUAAGGUUCUGUGUAAUGUGUUAAGAGGAUAUUAUAAGGAAUGAUUUUGUCAAGUUUUCAUGAGUUAUGGUGGCUGAAAGAUCAGUUUUGUCAUGUGGGAGAAGAACUAAAUGGCAGCACAAAAGGAAAUCUACAUUAAUAGAGUAUUUUAUUAAACGGAAGAGGUUAGAUAAGAACUUAAAACAUACAGACUCAGCAAAUAAGAAAAGAAACGUGUUAGCUAUAAGACAUGUUUCAAAUGAAUCAAAGU